AUGAUCGAUCAAGUACAUGAAUUCCUCAAUCAAGUUCGCCAAUUAUUAAAUACUACAGAAGAUAAUCACACAGAAGAUUUAUUGAUAGAAGCAGAAGAAGAAGAUAAUGAUGAUAAUGAAAAUGAAUCGGAACAAUGGAUUGAUGAAAAUGAACCAGGACAUUGUGCUGAUGUAGGUGAUAUUGUUUUUACUUUUAAAACAAUACCAGGUAAUCAGCAAUCAAGACAUACGUUGGAUAGUCGAUUAUAUCAACAAAUAUUGAAGAUGCAAGGUUGUCAAUUACUUGAUGUAUACAAUAGCAAUGCUCUUUAUAUGUGUAAAAACAAAGAAAUGCAAAGAAAAAUAAUGGAACAUGUAAAAGGAACAAAUGCAUAUUCGUUCAUGGAAAAACUUUGUGAAACAAAUCCAACAUGUGUUCAACAACGUUUAGAUACAAUAGUCGAGCAAGUAACUACAUUGUUGAAUGAUUUAAUUACAUCGCAUUCUAUCAAUGAUUCACAAUUUCGUCAAAUGAAUGUUGAUCGAUCAACAGUUCGAAUGGAUUAUCUCUUUUUUCUGCCAGAUACACGUCAAAAACAUGUACCAUUUCAACCUAUUAUGGUUUGUAGCUUAGGACCAACGAUAGGAAUUGCUCGUUAUAUUUAUCGUCUCCUUCAACCUAUCUAUGAUCAUGUAGCUCUUUCAACAACAUUUUUCAAAGAAACAGAUGCUGUACAUGCUAUUGAAAUAUAUGCAAAUAAAGAUUUAUUAUUACCAACGACAUUAUUUGCUAGUCUUCAUAUAAAUGAUUUAUGUUCAAUAUUAUCUCAUGAAGAAAUAUUACAAUCAUUAGAACGCUUUCUCAAUGAAUAUUAUAAAUCGGAUCAGCGUAUUCAAACUAUAACUAUCGAUACUAUUCUAAAACUCACCAAACUUAUACUUCAAAAUCAAUUUUUUAUCUACAAAAAUAAUAUCUAUCGACAAAUCAAAGGUGGUGCUACUGAAUCUCCAUUCACUAUUCUUUUGAUGAAUAUCUAUCUAUUCUAUUGGCAAGAUGAAUUAGUGAAAAUUAUGAUCAACCAAAAUGAAAUAUUUGGUCGAUGUUUUGAUAAAAUAUUUCUUACUUGGAAUGGUUCAAAAAAUGAACUUUGUUCAUUAUUGUACUCUACUAUUCUCAAGAAAAACAAACAAUCAUCUUCUUCUUCUUCUAUAAAGAUAACAACUUCAAUUGGAAAGAAAAUUAAUUAUAUGGAUGCUCAAAUAGGUCAUAUCAAUGGUAGUCUUCUAACUAAAGUCAAUCAUGAUACAGAUACUGAACCACGUUCUCUACCUUACGUAUCCAAUCAUCCACGUCUUUCAUAUUCAACAUUAAUUCGAGCAUCACUCAUUCGUGCUGUUCUCUGUUGUUCAAAUAUUCUCGAUUUUUAUAAAGAACGAGAUGAUAUUGAAGAAACAUUUCAUAGUAAUGGUUAUACUCAUGAUUAUACUGACGAUCAUGUUGAACAAUUCUUUCGAGAAUUUAAAUCAUUAAAAUUGAAAUCUUAUAUCAUUCAUCAAUCUAAAUAUGAGACGCUUCGUCGUCGUGUAUUCAAAUAUGAUCAACAACAAAUGAAUAUGACAAUUAAGCAACGAAAAGAUGAACAACAUAAAGAACUAUGGUAUAUUUCAACAACUUUGAAAGGAAAAGAAUUAAUUUAUUUACAAGAACUUUUCAAAACUAUUUGGCAACAAUAUCUUGAUAAUCACAUAGAAGCAAGAAAUAUUAAUAUAGAAAUCAUUGGUCAACCUAAAUAUCCAUCAAAUACAAAAUAA